AUGCCUAGACCCCAAGCACCCCUUUCGCAAUCUCUCCCGCCACUGAUUUUUGGAACCGCCACCUUUAGCAAUCAGUAUAAUGUUGAUCCAUAUGCCUUGAACACGACUUCACUGGUGCAAAAGGCCUUGGCCAACGGUGUUCAUGCUUUUGACACCUCACCAUAUUAUGGGCCCGCGGAAGAAAUUCUCGGCACUGCCCUUGAUUCCGACCUAGUUCGAAGAUACUACCCGAGAGAGCAGUAUUUCAUCCUGACCAAAGUUGGCCGUAUCGCAGGCGACGCUUUUGAUUAUUCUCCCGAAUGGAUCCGCCAGAGUGUUCAGAGGAGCUGCCAACGACUCAAAACCAAUUAUCUCGAUGUGGUUUACUGCCAUGAUUGCGAGUUUGUCUCUCCGUUGGAAGUGUUGACUGCCAUCACAGAAUUGCGUCGCAUUCGUGAUGAAGAGGGCACUUUGCAAUAUGUCGGUAUUUGUGGCUACCCGGUCGAUGUCUUGUGUGACUUGGCAGAGAUGAUUCUCCGCGAAACCGGAGAGCCCAUCGACAUCGUUCAGUCAUAUGCAAAUUAUACUCUCCAAAACACCAGACUGCUAUCAGAUGGCUUGGAGCGCCUCGUCAAUGCCGGUGUCGAUGUCGUGACCAAUGCCAGCCCGCUCGGCAUGGGCAUUCUGAGACGGAACGGACCCUCAGUCGGUGCUCUGGGUGACUGGCAUCCUGCUCCUGAUGCUCUCAGACAAGCUUGCAUCGACGCAGGCAAGUGGGCCGAAUUUCGGGGAGAGAAACUCGAAGUGGUUGCUGUCAGAUUUGCUCUCGAAAAUUGGCUUCGAGAAGGCGCAAAAGUCGGCACAUUCGGCAGCCCGCUUGGCCCCAACGACAAUUCUUACUCCUCCGCAUUGAGCGUCCCUCGCCAGAAGAUUGGUGUCAAUGUCAUGGGAGUCAGCAGACUUGAAGAGCUCGAUGAAACAAUUCGAGUCUGGCGAAGUGUCCUUGAUGGUCUGGCGGAUGAUCUGGACGCCCUUCCUGGUACCAUCACUCCUUCCGACGCAAUCACCGACCACGAAUGGUCCUUGACACGUCGACAAACCAUUCGCACAUUAGCCAAAGGCAUCCGAGAAGUUAUUGGUUCUCAGUGGGUAGACUAUGCCUGGGCCUCUCCAGAACCAGGGUUUGUCAACACUUUCAAGCCUUCAGCUGUAUCGGAAGAGAACUGCAUCAAUCCUGCAGUCACAACCACGUCCGAGGCCGCUAUGCUCACUCCUCCAUCCGAGGCUGAGGAUGAUAACGCGCUCCAGGAGGUUCCUGCUUUGCAAACUGUGCUAUGA